CUUCUAGAGAUACACUGCUAGAGCGAAAAAAUAUAGAUAAACAAUGCUCAGAUGUUAUUGGAUUACUCACAAAGAUUAAGAAACUUGAAUCUAGGAUCAUAAUGAAAAAUACUGCCAAUCCACGCAAAAGGGAUAUUCGAGAGAUUGAACUUCUUAUAUCAAAGGAUGAUACAGUCAGGAUAACUCUAUGGGGACAUUUAGCUCAUUCUCUGAAUGAGGAUGUUGUUGGAAAACACACUGUCGUGAUUGUUACAUCAACAAUGGUGGAAGGUUUGCAAGGUACACUAUCUCUAAAGUCAACAAAUGGCACAAGAUUAUAUAUAGACUUAGAUAUACCUGAAACCUGGAAGCUUAUUGACAGUGUUCCAUAUGAAGAAACUGUACCAAAAUUAAUGGAGGUAGAUAAAAGUACAAAAGGUACCAUUCAGGAACAAAUGUUUUAUAACAGAAGAACUUUACAAGACAUUACUCAGAUGAGACACGACAACCCAACAGAUCAGGUACAAUACACUAUUCACAUAUCUGAUUAUUUAGUUGAAAAUUCAUGA